UGUGAAACUAUUGGAAAAGCAAAUGCUUACAAUAUAUUUGCUUGGCAACUGACAACGUGAGCAGUUGAAAAAAUUCAUUUUUUAUUAUUCACGUACAUAGAUUUAGAAGUGUGAAUUAUUUAACGAUCAAUGUGCUAUUAUAUGAGAAUUUGACAUUCAAUUAUUUUUUGAACAAUUUAAAGCUUUAUCCAAAGCUUGAUCAGUAUCUAAAUAUCAUCUUCUGCACUGUGUAGCAACUUAAAGCAUACACUAUAAGAAAUCUGGUGAUCUAGUUUCAACUAUUUUGCUACUAUGGAUCUUGGUUGAAAAGGAUAGAUUCUAAUAAAGCAAAGUGAAAUAUUUUUUUGAAAAUAUUCAAGCUGUAGAAACAUUAAAUAAACAUAAUGUCAGGGGGAGAUAAAAAAAAGCGAGCAGGAGAUCGUGCUCAGGGUUGGGAUGAUGCUGGUGCUGAGUUCUACCAAGAGAGUUAUUCAGCUGCCAUUGAAGCAGAUUUGCAGCAAGUAUUGCAAAGGGAUCCAUCACAUAUAGCUACUCUGUUACCCAGUAAAAAGUCACGCGUUGCUACUACAACAAAGCGUGUCAGACAUGAACCUCGGUCUACAAUGAGGAGGCGCACAAGUACUCGCACAAGAGGUACAACCAAUACAGCUAGGCGAAUGUCUACAAAUAUUCAGGAAUCAACAGUUUCUAUGUUACCUGAUUUAUCUGAAAAUCUGUCCAAUGAAGAACGCACAUGGGAAGAAAUCAUGCAGAUUAAAGCUAUGCCCAUAUGUAUGGCUCAAAAAAUACAAUUGAAAAGACAAUUACAGAAUGCAACAAAACUUCGACUCCAAGGCUUUGACCAGUUGAAAUGGCAACGUAGGAAAGCUUGGCAAACUUUUCGAAUUAAGGCAAAAGAAACUUAUUCAAAGAUGGAACUUUGGAGUACUAGUAUUAAGAAAAUUGGUGGUAAUUUUGGCAUGGGCAUAGUUGCUUAUUUUUUAUUCAUCAAGUGGAUCUUAUUUAUAAACCUUAUUCUGUUUGCCAUCAUUAUGGGUUUCCUUGUUCUUCCAACAAUAAUGUUGGAAGCACCUCAGAAAGAAAUAUGCAAUCCAUUCAAUGAUUCAGAUACAAGUUGCUGCCCAGAAUUAUAUUGGAAUCGUUCACGAGAAUUCAACACUAUUGAAGAUUUAUUCCAAAGCAAUAAUUUAUUUAAAUACAGUUUAUUAUUUUAUGGUGCAUAUUCUUCUUCUACCUACUAUAAUAAGGAAAAAACGUUUUAUUAUAAUUUGCCAUUAGCAUACGCUGCUGUAAUGAUAGUUGUUUUCAUGUUGAGCCUGUUAGCUAUUAUAAAGUCAGCAGCAAAAGGGUUUCGUGAAAGAGUUAUUGAAAACGAAGGCCAAUUUUAUCAAUACUGUAAUUUAGUGUUUGGAGGAUGGGAUUACUGUAUUGAUAAUGAAAAAUCUUCCGAAACUAAGCAUAAAGCUCUGUAUAACGAAAUUAAGAUAUUGUUGGAAUCUGAAAGAUUUGAAGAAGAACGACAAAAUCGCACCCGAGAAGAAAAAUUAAAAUUAUGCAUGAUUCGCUUAUUUGUCAAUGUUCUUGUUCUAUUGAUUCUCUGCUCCAGUGGAAUUUUCAUAUAUUACGUUAUUAAGUUUUCCUUUGAUCAAAUUCAUAAUGACUCAGAAGUGGCUAAAGAACGUAAUUUUGACGCAUUUAAUUUCGUUUCGUUCAACCAAAUGUUUUUUGAGUUUCUGCCUUAUGUCUGUAUAGUGUUACUUAACAUUGGCAUUCCUGUUCUGUUUCGACAUCUAGUUAGUCUUGAGAACUAUAGUCCACCAUUUGUCGUUAAACUUACUCUGUUUCGUACCGUAUUUUUACGAUUCGCAUCUUUAAGUGUGUUACUUAGCAGUUUUUAUAUAAAAAUAGUUAAUAGUAACAAUAAUCUUGAAUGCACAACGUCAAUGCGUCCGCUGUGUUGGGAAACAUUUGUAGGACAACAAUUUUUAAAACUUUACAUUACAGAUUUUGUAGGACAAGUUUUUAUGACAUUUUUUAUCAAUUUUCCGAGAUCGUUUAUUGGAAAACGUUCAGAAAACAAAUUUUUAGAAUUUAUAGGUCAACAAGAAUUUGAUUUGUCAAAGCAUGUUUUGGAUGUUGUUUACAUGCAAACCGUUUGUUGGUUUGGUGCAUUUUUUGCUCCUGCUUUGCCACUGUUUGCUGUAAUAGGAUCUUUUCUCCUGUUCUAUGUGAAAAAAUUUGCUUGUUUGGUAAAUAGUAAACCUCCAAGUCAAAUUUAUAGAGCAACUAGAUCUCAGUCAUUAUUCAUGCUGAUACUUUUAAUUUCAUUUUUGAUGGUUUUGAUUUCACUAGGCUAUUCAUUUGUCAAAAUAAGACCUUCCAAAGCUUGUGGACCAUUCAAAGGCCUUGACUCUGGAUGGAAUUUCGUUUCAGAGACAUUUUUACAAUUACCUCUGUGGAUUCGACUUUGUUUAUCGUUUAUGUGUACAACCAGCUUCGGAAUUCCCGCGUUCCUUCUACUUGUUUUAUUAUUGUAUUAUUAUUAUGCCGUAUCAAUGGCCAACAAAAACAUGGUUACUGUUUUGAAAAAUCAGCUGGUGUUAGAAGGACAUGAUAAGCAAUUUUUGUUAAACAGACUGAGUGCUUUUAUCAAGCAGCAACAAGAACAAAAUAAGUAUCAUCAAGAUCACAGCGAAUUUACAUAAAUAGCGUUUUUUAUAUUCGUAUUAUUGAUAGAAUACAUAAUCUGUUUCUGAAAUUAUUUAAUGAAUGCACUUUAAACUUUUUAUAACUAGUCAUUUUUUAAUAAGUAAUUUUAAAUAAUGAAAAAACAAAUUAAAUGAUAAUAGACGUAAAUUUAUAGCUUAAUUUUCUACUUUUCACUAAAACAAAUUUUUUAGUGAAAAUUCAGAAUACUGAAUAUAUUUCCGAUUUCAUGUAAUAAAAGCAUGAAAUUAGUGGGUUUGAAAAUGAUAGCUAGGGUCUUUUUAUAACCAAUGAAAUGCAAGUAGAAUCAUGAAAAGCUGUCUUUCUUUUCAUUUUUUGAAUAGAUAAACAUUACAAUUUUUUUCAAUACACUAUUGAUAAUUCACAAGACUACGAAAAAAUGAAGACUUAUUAUCUAAAUAAGCGUAUAACUGAAUACAAUAGAUAAAAUUACUAACAAUAAUAGCUGUUCACUUAUUUGACUUGAGUGACAAACAAGAUUAUGCGCAUUCCAAAGAAAUGCAUUUGAUUUUACUUAAAAUACCUCAGAAAUAUUGAUUAUUGCAUCAAUAUUUCUAUAAUACAUUCGUUUUUAUAUUUUAAUUAAAAAUAGAAUUUUUAUCCCUUAACUAUAGCAUUAAAGUAUUAAUUGUUUUAGUUUGCCAAGAAACUUUGUAAUAAAUUUUUUACCACUAGAGAGAAAAUGUUGAUGUAUGUAUAACUAGUAUACGUAUGUACUACUUUGAAAAUUAUAUUUAUUUCCAAUUUUUUUUGUCUGUGCUGGUAUUACUGUAGUCAUUUGCGUUCUUACUACUUGUAAAUAUGUAGUACAUUUACAUAUUUUAUACAGAAUCAUAAAAAAUUUCUAACUUUGCAAAAAACAAUACUCUGUGAAUUUUGCAAUUAAAUUUAAAUUCCUAUUUCAUUAAUCAGA